AAUACGACAAUUUUAGAAAUAUUGAAGAAGUUGGUAAAGGUGGAUUUUCCGUAGUGUAUAAAACAUUAUAUGGAAUGUCCUUUGGAACGUAUGAAGAAGUUGCAAUCAAGAUAAUAAAAGAUUCACAUAAAAAUAAACAAAUAUUUUUAAACGAGAGAAAAUACAAAUCUAUCAAAGUCAUAUCUAAAAACUCAAAUGCUAGAAUUUAA